AUGUCUUCUUUGCCCCGUCCUCAGUUCUUCUGCACCCGCCCCAAUGGCGCCCUGACGCCUCUCAUUGCAGUUGACGAACUCCCAGCUCACAUCACUAUUCGCGGUGCGCCGCGUGUCUUGUCUCCCAACGAAACACAGGGCAUGACGAGCUUGGGAUCAGUGAGUCCGCGUGGCCAGGCUUAUACUGUUGAAGGUACUGCACUGCCUGCGAGCCGUCUCCCAUCUACCAGCGGCACCAGCCAGCGCUCCCGAAACCACGACAUACAGUCUUCACUCAUGCGGGUUCUAGCCGAUGAAAACAUACCUACAAGCCAGCGCAUAGCGCUUCAAAACCUGCUUCAGCAGAACUCGUCUCAGAGCUGGCAGGCGAACAAUCCUUCGAGUCCAGGGUGGCUGGUUUCUAACACUGGCGGUAGUCCUGGCAGUGGAAGCGGCCGACAGAACCCCAACUAUCGUAACAUCAAGAAGGAAUACUGUUCCUACUGGAUACGUCAUGGCGAGUGUGACUAUCAGCAACAGGGAUGUCUUUACAAGCAUGAGAUGCCUCUUGACCGCUCGAUGCUUGAGAAACUUGGCCUCCGCGAUAUACCUCGCUGGUAUCGUGAGAAAUAUAACGUAGCGAGUCUCCUGCCAAGCGGACAUGGACAUCCCCGCCCUCACACUGCGAAUAGUCAGCCCUGGAAAGAGGACACCGGUUUCAAAACAAUCCAGUAUCCUCUGCAUUUGGGAAUCAAUGGAGCAGCAGAGUCUUCCGAUCUUGAAAAGAGCAACAAGCAGGCACCUGUAGCUCACGCCCCUGCCCAGCAGCAACACCAGCAGAUGGCCAUGCUACCUGGAGCUUCUCAAAUUGCUUACCGCUCUAUGAGUUCUCCCACUGCGCCGGUUACUCAGACCGAAACCCCCAAGUCUUCGCCUGGUCAGCUUGGUUUGGGCACUAAGAAGAUCGACAUCCUUGCCUUUGAUCAUCCAGACUAUAUGCCAGGUAACAACUUGCUCUACCGUCCCUCCAAUGAGAACAGAAUCGAUGCUUCCCAGUCGGAUGUGCAAGUCGAGGAUCUCGUUCGUAACCUCCAGUCUCUCGGAUAUACCCCGGCAUCCGCAAGCACAGACUACCAUGCGAGCCCUUUCGAUGCUACCGUGGGCUCUGGCCGCUCCACGAAGACACAGAGAUCCCGCCGCUUGUACCAGCCCCGUUCCCAGGACCCCAUGGCCCAAUUCGGCCCCGAGCUGGUCAGUCCAGACUCUCUGCAUGCGUUCCAGAGCCAGACCGUGGCAUCGUCUAGUAGUGCUUCUGUGACCUCCAAGACCGCCAGCUCGCAGCUCGCAAGCCCUGUGGCAGACGCUGGUCAUGGCACUACUACCUCUGAGCCUCCUACUCGGGGUGUCUCUCCGAUCUACUUGUCCCCUGGCCAUAGCCCUAACAUCUUCCGUGGCCGUGGCAAGGAUAAGGCUAACAGAAGAGCACUCGGUGCUAUUGGUCAGAAGAAAUGCUACAAAAAGAAAUCCGCUGAAUCUUCCGAGGACGACCUUUUCUUCCACGGAGGGAACUAA